CCCUCGGCACCGGCGGCGUGAGGGCUCGGGGCCGCCUCGCUUCAGCGCGCUCCCUCGGCAGCCGGCGGCGGAUCCCCAGCGCCGCGGAGCUUUCCCUGCGGAAGAACUAGCAGUAGAGAGACCUCUGCUCUUAACAUUAGGGAAAGCAGGAAAAUGGCAUCAGAAGACAUCACUAAGCUUGCGGAGUCACUUGCCAAAACCAAAGUGGGUGGUGGACAACUGAGUUUUAAAGGCCAGAGCCUUAAACUCAAUACAGCUGAAGAUGCUGAAGAAGUGAUCAAACAAAUUGAGGAAUUUGAUGGCCUGGAGGCAUUGCGCCUGGAAGGCAACACUGUGGGUGUGGAGGCAGCAAAGGUCAUCGCUAAAGCCUUGGAGAAGAAAUCAGAGCUCAAGAGGUGUCAUUGGAGUGACAUGUUCACAGGGAGGUUAAGGUCUGAGAUCCCUCCUGCUUUGAACUCUUUGGGGGAUGCGCUCAUCACUGCUGGAGCCCAGCUGGUGGAGCUGGACCUGAGUGACAAUGCCUUUGGGCCAGACGGUGUGCGUGGCUUUGAGGCGCUGCUGAAGAGCCCUGCAUGUUACACCCUGCAGGAACUCAAGCUCAAUAACUGUGGCAUGGGCAUUGGUGGUGGGAAGAUACUGGCAGCUGCUCUGAAAGAAUGUCACAGGAAAUCAAGUGCCCAGGGCAAGCCUCUUGCUUUGAAAAUAUUUGUGGCUGGCAGAAAUCGCCUGGAGAAUGAUGGUGCCACUGCCCUGGCUGAAGCCUUUGGGAUCAUUGGGACUUUAGAAGAGGUCCAUAUGCCACAAAAUGGAAUUAACCAUCCUGGCAUCACAGCCCUGGCCCAGGCCUUUGCUAUCAACCCACUGCUUAGGGUUAUAAACCUGAAUGACAACACCUUCACAGAGAAGGGAGCUGUGGCCAUGGCAGAGACUCUGAAGGCGCUUCGACAGAUUGAAGUGAUCAACUUUGGAGAUUGCCUCGUGCGUUCAAAGGGUGCUGUUGCUAUUGCUGAUGCUGUUAAAGAGGGGCUUCAUAAAUUAAAGGAGCUGAAUUUGUCCUUCUGUGAGAUCAAACGAGAUGCUGCUCUAACUGUUGCUGAAGCUAUUGAAGAUAAGGCAGAGUUGGAGAAGUUGGAUCUCAAUGGUAACUGUCUGGGAGAAGAGGGAUGUGAGCAACUCCAGGAGAUCCUUGAAGGCUUCAAUAUGGCAACUGUGCUGGGAUCUUUGAGUGAUGAUGAAGGAGAAGAAGAAGAUGAUGAAGAGGAGGAGGAUGAAGAUGAAGAGGAGGAGGAAGAGGAAGAGGAACAGCAGCAGCAGCUGAAGGAGAGAGAACAGGGAGAGCAGGAGUCACUGACUCCUAAGAAGAUAAUUGAUUCACAAGAUUCAACUCCGGUGCCAUCUCCUCCUGUGGACGUUGCCACGUUCCUUGCUUUUCCAUCACCAGAGAAGCUGCUACGACUAGGACCAAAGUGCUCGACGCUGAUAGCUCAGCAGGCAGAUACAUCGGAUGUAGAGAAAGUAGUUACAACACUCCUGAGGAUAUCCUCGGUCUUCAAAGACGAAGCUCCGGUGAAAACAGCGGUGCAUGAAACGACAGACGCCUUGAUGAGAAAAGCCUUCACUUCUGCCACAUUUAAUUCAGAUGCAUUCAUCACAAGCCUCUUGAUCCACAUGGGACUACUUAAGAGUGAAGAGAAGAUCAAAACUGUCCCAAGCCUCUAUGGUAUUCUUAUGACUUUGAAUUAUAUGGUCCAGCAGGAUUAUUUCCCUAAAUCCCUGGCCCCUGUUCUCUCAGCAUUUGUUACAAAACCAAACCGUGCUCUUGAUUCCUGUUCAUUUGCUCGCCACAUGCUCUUGCAAACCCUCCACCAGCUGUAAGAGAUGAGAUGUGCUGCUGUGCCCUUCCCUCUUCAUAGAACUGUCAUCAGCAGAGAACUCAGAGCUGCAUCAUGUUGGGAGAGGAUCCCAGAGCCCAGAUGGACACACCGUCCCUGUCCUUUUUUUUUUUUUCUUUUUUUUUUUUUGUUCCCCUCUUGGAAGGUCUGUCAUCCCUUCUGCUUUCAUAAACUUGGAAAAAUC